AUUGAGUUACAAGAAACCCCAGUAUUCUUUUGCCAGCUCUCAGCACCGAACCUUGCGGUUCUGGAUUAUCGGCAAGGUCUCCUUCUCCUUCAAUUCGGACUUUCUCAUUGGCAACCCCACCAUUAGAGUUGUCUUGCUCAUGUGAGCUCUGUGUUGAUGGACUCAGCCAUCUAAGCAGCCACACACCCUUAUCUGUGCCUAGAAGCAGAACUAAGCAGCAACCAUGGAUUCUUUUUCUCGUAUUAUUCUGGCACAGCAAACCAAAGACCCAUCUGAGAAAAUAUCCAUUCUUUAUGAGGUACUUGAUGAUCCUUCUUCUGGCUGUUGGGCUUUGAGAGCGAAAGAGCAGGCCAUCAUACACCUCGCCGAGCAGUUCAUGGAAGACAACUGGGCAGUGGAUCUGUACAGCCUUCUUACUCAUUUGAGGUCCUUCUUUUCGUUGAUUCCAAAGGCACAAACGGCAAAUGUUAUGAGGAACAUAAUUGAUUCUGUGGGUGCAAUACCAGGGAGUUCUGAUCUAGAAAUUACUAUCUGUAAAGAAAUGGUGCAAUGGACUCGUGCUGAAAGGCGUACCUUUCUGAGGCAGCGACUUGAGGCAAGACUUGCAGCACUACUCGUGGAAUAUGAGGAGUAUUCGGAAGCUUUGACUCUCCUCAAUGGCCUGGUCAAAGAGGUUAUAAGACUAGAUGACAAGCUUCUACUUAUAGACGUACACUUGCUUGAAAGCAAGCUACACUUUUCCUUGAGAAACUUUCAAAAGGCAAAAGCCGCCCUAAUAGCUGCAAGAACAGCUGCAAAUGCUGUUUAUGUUCCUCCAGUUGAUCAAUUUUCCAUAGAUUUUCAGGGUGGGAUUCUUCAUGCCGAGGACAAGGAUUACAAUACUGCAUACAGAUAUUUCUUUGAAGCUUUUAAGUCUUUCAGCGCUCUUGACAAGAAAGACCCCAAUGUGGUACUUAGCCUGAAAUACAUGCUGUUGUGUAAGAUCAUGGUCGGUCAAGCUCAUCAUGUGGCCGGAAUUAUAUCACAUGAAGCUGGCCCAAAAUACGUUGGACCCGACUUGGCUGUCAUGAAAAUAGUAGCUGAUGCUGUUUGCAGGCGAUCUCUGAAAUUGUUCAAAAUCGUUUUGCGAAAUUACAAGCCUCAGUUGGAGGAAGACCCAAUUGUCCACAGGCACCUUUCAUUCCUGCAUGGUGAUAUCCUGGAACACAACCUAUGCAGAUUGAUUGAACCUUUCUCAAGGGUAGAGAUUGUACACGUUUCUGAACUAAUUGGGCUUCCUGUUGAUGAUGUGGAGCGGAAGUUGUCGCAGAUGAUUUUGGACAAGAAGUUGGGUGGGACAUUGGAUCAAUCUGGAUGCCUUGUGAUAUUUGAUGAUCCCAAAACGGAUGCCUUAUACACUUCAACCUUCCAAACCAUUUCUAAUAUUGGGAAAGUCGUGGACAGUCUUUAUGCUAGGUCUGCCAAGAUAAUUGCAUGACCUCUUCAUCUCUCACUCCAGUUGGAAUGCAAUGAUACUUUCCUUAUCUUCUCUUUACAAUUAGUACGAUAUCAUUUGUUUUUUUUCCCGAAUUUGUUGGAAUGGAAACAGUUUUUGGCUGUUGAAUCAAUUCGUCUCCAAACUACUUGGGGAGCUUUUUACUAUUGUAAUGUAAUAAAUGAUUUUAGGAACA